AUGUCCAAUUUAGAGUACCGAGAUCAGCCCGAGCAAUCCAGCAGCACGGACGACACAUUUUCUCGGGAAAUGAUGGACUCAUUACCCAGAAUAGACACUCCCCCGCCCAAAGAAGUCUCUUUGGAGGCAUAUGUAAAACAAGAAGUCGAGAAGGCAAUCAGAGAAACUCGCCUUCUAUACCAGUCCCAACCCGACGAGGCACUAGAAGAAGUGAGCGUCUUAGAGAGAAGACUAAAAAAGACUACAAAGACAACACCACUCCCAGAAAGAGUGGAGAGAACUAGGACAGCCCUGGAAAAACCAGAAAACUUUUCAGGAGAUAAGAAAAAGUAUCAGGCUUUUAGAGAGUCCUUACUUUUACACUUCGAAGAUAACGCUGUCUAUUUCGAAGAUGACAGAAAAAAGAUAAGCUUUGUGCUAUCUUUUAUGAAAGAGGGAGAAGCCGUGGCCUUUAGAACCGACUGGCUAGAAAACAGAGUCGACGCCCAACAAAUGGGGCUCGACAUCACAAACACAUACGGAAGUUGGCCGUUUUUUACCGACAAAAUGGAAGAAAGAUUCAAAGACAGUUUUGAAAAAGAAACUGCAAAGAAUGAAAUAUUGACCCUAAAACAGGGCAAUGAGACUGCUCAGGCCUUCUUUGAAAAGUUUGAAGAAAAGAAGAGGUGGGCAGGAUAUAACAGCAGAAUGAACGAAGAAUUCCUGGUCUCACUAUUGAGACGAAACAUGAAUAAACCCUUGGUAGACCGGGUGAUCUACGGAGGGCAUAUUCCCAGAGAUUACCAGGAAUGGAAACAAGAACUCAUCCGGAUAGACUACAUCUGGAGAGAAAGAGAAAAAGAAAAGAAAGGAUCCGAAUUUGGAAGGAAACCAAACGAAAAGAAUUCGGCAAAACCAGAGAAGAAGAAAGAUGGAACUGGCUACACCUAUACGGUGUCAUGCACCAAAGUUGAUUGGUAG